AUGUCGAAAUCGAAUUCUUCCACGAGAAGCAAUUCGGUCGAGACUCCUGUUGAAUGCGAAACAGAAUUGGGCAGUCCCCAGAGCACAGUUCCGGCGAUCUUGGAAACCAACGAGGCGCAGGAUGUCAUCCCCUCUAGCCCACCACCACCUUACGAAUACGUUUUGGAAGAAACGAGGAAAGAAGCGCAAGCGACAUCGCCCACAAUUCCCACGAAAGGACCGGAAAUCAUGCACAAAUCCAGCAAAGAACUGUACCGAGCAGUGGCAAAGCAGUUCGGGAUAACGUGCAAAAUGUCCGACCAGUGUAGGUGCUUCGACUGCCAGAGCCAUUAUUUCGAUUGCGAGUAUGACAAGAAUGAACAGGAGAAGACUGAUGGAGGCCUGGGAGCAGGCACCCCUAUGUUUAUAUCGGAAGUAAUGCACGGGACUGCAUGUAGUAUAUUGUAG